ACUGCCGGACGUCUCGGGACGUGGGACUGAAAGAGAGGCUGUGUUUUUCCAGAAGUGGCAAAAUCCUGACCAUUGACGGUCAGUGUGCAGCAAGAAAACCUGAGGAGACAAAAGCAGAUCGCAGCUGCAAGCGGACCGCUACAGCCACUGAACUACAGGGGAAGCGCCCUGAAGUUGGGAGCAGGACGUCGCCCUGAGUCAGCAGACAUCUUCACUGCACAUAUUUGGAGCCUGUGAAAUGCCAGAAGCCAGUUGUCACUUCAUUCAUGUUCAUACAGUACCCAGUUCGUGCAUGGAUGCCGAAACCGAGCUGCUCGCACCAGUGGACUUCUGCUGCACAUUCAGAGGCUUUGAAUUCCUGCAGGAUCAAACCAUCAAUGCACAAAUGGAUUACAUCUGAAUAUCUGAACAAUGUGUUUUAAUUUGCGUUGAAUCAGAGUGAGCAGUCGGUGACUUUCGUAUAUAAUUUAAAUCCAGUCGGCGUUUUUAGUCCCGGGCCCAGAUGUUCCUCAACACGAUCCUGGUGGUCCUGACGGACCUGGCGGCCCGCUUUCUGGGUCACAAGGUGAUCCGGCAGCACUUCCACCUGCUGCUGUCGGGGGUGGUGAUGUUUGGCCCUGUACUGAGUUUCUGGGUGUCUCAGCACAGCAUCUUCGCCAAAAGAAGCCACUUCCUUUACAGGGUGUUUCUGCGCUCCGGUUGGGGCUGGACCUGCAUCUUCGUUGGCUCGUUCGUCUUCCUCCUCUCCUUCUCCAUCCGUCGCUCCCUCUCUCUCUCCAUCCGCCACCUGUCCAGGCUGGGGCUGGCCGGCGGACUCUGGCUGGCGUUCUGCAAACUGCUGGACGUCCUGGAGAACGCCACGGGGAGCUGCUACGAGCCUCUGAGCGCCGGGCCCGAGGUGGUCAACGGGCAGCCUCUGCUGGUGCUCCGGGAGGGGGAGAGCAAGUCAGUGUGCGUCAAGGCCGGGAUGCUGUGGAGGGGCUAUGAGGUCUCUGAAGACGUCUUCCUCCUCUGCCUGUGCUGCCUGCUGCUGGCGGAGGAGACGGCCGUGUUCGGCCCCUAUCUGAGCCUCGGGGGGAUCUCAGGGGCCCCUCUCAGGAUCCUCUUCCUGUUCUGCGUUCUCCUGCUGGGACUCUGGAUCUUCCUGCUGCUCUGCCUCUUGGCUUACUUCCCACAGUUCCCCACUCAGCUGCUGGGGGGCGCUCUGGGCUGCCUCAGCUGGAGGGGACUGUAUCAGGGCUGGUACCGGCUGGGGCCCAGCUGGUACUGUCCCGGGAGGCCCGGCCUGGGACUGCUCAACACCAAGACCCCCAGCAACGGGGUGGAGGACGCACAAGCCAAUCACAGCAGUUAACUGAAGAAAAGGCAAAAAGAAUCCAUCUUCUAAAAGUACAAUGCAUCGCAGAUGGACAGAAAAGAACUAUUUGUGGACCAUUUUUCUUCAUGCAGUGGCAGAACAUAAACAAGUGGUCUUUGUGUCAUUUCAGACUAAACAGACAGCAGCUGCUCGUCGACUACAUGUUAACAUCUUUUAAUAUCUCUUCUUCAGGCAAUUCGGUUUCUAAAACAUACCUUCUGAUGUUUUUUCUUCCAUGUUCAUAUUUAUGAUGAAGUCAAAGGUGUGUUUUAAAAACCAUCUUGCCUGAGAAGACGAAAGAAAAAACACCUAUGAACAAACUAGAGGUAAUAGUAGCUGAAUGGAAGAAGUAUCCCGUUUGUUCAAAUGCACU